AUGCAUAUUGCACGGGGUGGGGGAUAUGACGAUGUCGUCUUUCAGCCCCUUCGAAAGGCCCUGGUAGGUGUCUUCAACCUUGGCGGGCGGGACGCCCAUCUCUAUGAGGAGCCGUCUGCCCGCCCUGGUGCUGGAGAGUCUGACAAUCUGCGCCCUUUCUUGCGCUUCUGCAGUCUCUUCCAGAGUAUUGUGGAUACCCAACUGCAGGAGCCGCUCCGAACCAGCAAGCGAGCCCUCAAUCUGCGACUCACUCCUGACAGUUCCGUCUUUCACGAGGACUUGGUCAUAGAGUCGUCCACCGAAGGAGUUGUCCAAGUCGAUACCAGCAACAUUUACAGCGGAUCCGUUGUCGGUGAACCUGGUAGCCGUGUGUUCGGCUCCCUGCACGGCGGAAUCUUUGAAGGCAGUAUUGACACCGGUUCAGGUGACAGCCUUUACGUAGAGCGGUCCGAGAAGUUCUUUACGAACAGUCAGCCGUUCCACUCUGUGCUCUACUCUGCCCACGACGUCGAGGUUCCCGCGUCUCACGGGGGUGGAGGUCCCUGGUGUGGUCUUCAUGGCGACACCGAGAAGUGGAUGAAAGACGUGCUGCGCCGGUUUCGGCGUGCGCCGCGCGAGAAGAGACGCGCUCACAAGCACGGUCGCGUCGGACGGAAACUGCAGGCUGCAGCAAAAGCAAGCAACGACGACAAGAUGGAGGACGUGGUCCAAGUAGGCGCAGCCGGCUAUGUGAAGCGUGACGAGAUCGAAGGCAGGGACGGCCACGACGUAGGACACGAGUAUGGAGACGACGACGACGACGAAGAAGGCGACACGACGGCAAACAGGCGCCGCCGUCGAGGCGCAUCGGCGUCGCGUCGCGUGUGCAACCUCGAAGUCACCGUGGACCACACGCUGUUCGAGCGGCUGUAUAUGGAAGGCGAGACGCUCUCGUUUACGCGCCAGCAACUGGUCGCCGCCGUCGCCUUCAUGGUGAAGAAAGUGAACGAGAUCUACGGGAGCACGAACUUCGGCGGCGUUGAAGACAUGCACUUCCUCGUUCAGCACAUCGUCAUAAGUGAGCCCGAUGACUGCGUGGGUGCCAGAAGGAAGAAAAACCCCUUCUGCUCCCAGGAUAUCGACGCCCCACAAGCGCUUUUCCUCGUGUCGCUUGAGCCACGGGACGACUACUGCCUCUCCUACAGACUCAACUACAGAGACUUCAUGGAUGGAACACUCGGACUCGCCUGGAUUGCCGGCGAAGAUGUGGGCACCGGUGGUUUUUGCGAGCGCUACCGCUCGGCUAUCGAAGUGGACCCUAGCGGCGAUCGGUACAUGCAGAACAAGCUCAGCCUGAACACCGGAAUCACUACGCUGUUCAACUACAACCAUUACGUGGGCAUGCAUGUGGGAUCGCUCACUCUCGCCCACGAGAUCGGACACAGCUUCGGUUCACCCCACGACGGCGGUAGGGUGUGUGUUCCGCGGGGCAUCGAAGGCAAAUACCUGAUGUACGAGUCGGCGACCAGGGGAAAUGCGCCAAACAACGAUCGAUUUUCGCCCUGCAGCAUCCGAAACAUCACCGCUAUCCUGCUGCCUGUCAUCGAGGGCAAAUCUAACCGCGAAAACUGCCUUCAGAAACACAAGGGACCCAUUUGUGGGAACCAGAUCGUAGAAGGCAAAGAGGAAUGCGACUGCGGCAGGGACGAGAGCGAGUGCUCCGACAAGUGCUGCCAUCCGCGACACAGCAAGGACAGCACGCUGGCUUGCCUCCUCAAGAAAUCAGCAGCGUGCAGGCGAGUGCCCUGCAGUCAGAACGCAACGUGUCCCCAAGCAGCUGCCAAGGCCAACAUGACUGCUUGCAACGAGAACACGCAGGUGUGCAUCGCCGGCGAAUGCUCGGGCUCCAUAUGCCAGAAGUACGGCUUACUCGAGUGCUUCCAGACCGGGGACCAGCUCAGCAUUGAAGAUCAAUGCUUGCUGACUUGCCGGGAACCAGACUCGCAGAUCUGCAAACUGGCCUGCGCAUUCCCGGCGAUGGCGAGCUACUGCGGCGCCAAGCUGCAGCCUGGUUCCCCUUGCAACGGACUGCGCGGCUACUGCGAUGUGUUCCACAAGUGCCGCCCAAUCAUACCAAGCGGCUUCAUAACGAGCCUGAGCGGCUUCCUGUUCGGCAGUGAACCUUUAGCCAUUCUCUAUGAAUUCAUUGCGAACCACCCGUUCAAGGCGGCCUUUGUCAUCUUGGGAUCGUCGUGGAUGACGGUGUUCGCGAUCCGGUGCUUCGCGCUGCACACGCCCAGCAACAAUCCCACCAAGAAGGCGCCGCUCAAGCUCAAGGAAACGCUCCGGCACCCCGUGAACGCCAUCGUCAACAAUUGACGGUAACAAGGCGGUCACUUCCCUCGAUGUCCGUCUUGUGGCACCAAGAAGAAGCGAGCUGCUGCUGUUAUAGUACUGUCAAUUUACAGUGAGCAAAUUGAUGUACAACUAAGCAAGCCGGCUAUAAGGUGA